UCAAGCCAGCUCUUGCUUUCCUCUCCUCUCCUUCACUCCACCAGGAUAUUUCCUCCUCCUCUCUCCAUAUCCGAACAUAUUCCUGUUUUUCUGCCCUGCUUUUCCUUUAUAUCUCCUGGAAUGUGGCACUCUUUGGCUUUCACUCUGUGUGGGAUCUCCGCUUUGAUCCAGGUGUCGUUGCAAGGUCCAUAUCAGCGGACCCUGUUAAAAAACCUCCUGAAGGAUUAUAACCGCAUGGAGAGGCCUGUUGCCAAUGACUCUCAACCUCUCACUGUCUUUCUGUCUAUGAGCUUGAUACAGAUCAUGGAUGUGGAUGAGAAAAAUCAAGUACUGACCUCCAAUAUCUGGCUUAACAUGCACUGGCAUGAUUAUUACCUGCAGUGGAACCAAUCUGAAUACCCAGGUGUCAAAAACCUUCGCUUCACCACAGACCAAGUGUGGACACCAGACAUCCUGCUGUACAAUAGUGCAGAUGACAAGUUUGACUCCACCUUCAAGUCGAAUAUUAUAGUGAACUCCAGUGGCUACUGCACCUACCUGCCUCCAGGUAUCUUCAUGAGCACCUGCAAUGUAGAUGUACGCUGGUUUCCAUUUGACAUCCAGAAAUGCGAGCUUAAAUUCGGCUCGUGGACAUUUGACGGAUGGCUGCUGGAUCUCCAGAUGAAUGAGGCUGAUAUCUCUGGCUACAUGCCCAACGGAGAAUGGGACCUUGUGGGUGUGCCGGGCUCAAGAAACGAGAUGUACUACGACUGCUGUAAGGAACCCUAUCCAGAUGUGACAUUUGUGGUGACCAUGCGCAGACGGACGCUCUACUACGCCUUGAACCUUCUUGUUCCCUGUGUUCUCCUUUCAUCCAUGACCUUGCUUAUCUUUCUACUGCCUGCCGACUCUGGAGAGAAGAUCUCACUAGGUAUUACUGUGCUACUCUCAUUAACAGUCUUCAUGUUGUUGGUGGCAGAGAUCAUGCCAGCAACCUCAGACUCCAUCCCGCUAAUAGGGCAGUAUUUUGCCAGUAUAAUGAUCAUAGUUGGAAUGUCAGUUAUUGCGACGGUGGUUGUGCUCCAAUAUCACCAUCAUGACCCCAACGGAGGAAACAUGCCAAAAUGGGUUCAGGUAGUUUUGCUCCAGUGGGUGGCUUGGUUUUUGCGUAUGAAGCGUCCAGGUGAGAGCGAAGACCCUGAGCGCCCUCCUUGUGCUCCCCACUUACGACGUUGCUCUUCAGGUUCCCAGAGCGGCAGCCUGCCAAAUGCACCCGGUUCCGCCUCUGCAGAUCUUCAUCACCACCACACAUCCUCAACGCUCCACCCGCUUCAUCCCCAGAGCCUCCUUCAAGCUGCCGCUGCCGCCGGGCACGCCCACCAUCUCCACAACCAGACCAGCAGCGCCAACAACAAUGGCAACCUGCUCUACAUCGGAUUCUCCAGUCUGGACGAAGCUUCACCGCCAUCCUUGCUCGCAGAUUCCGUGCAGAGAAACAGCAUGUCGGGCGGCCCGCGUUCUGCGGUGGUGUCGCCCCCAGCAGUAGGCUCCAGUCCGCCACCUCACCUGCCCUCACAGUUCUGCAGCCCUCCGCCGCCUCCCACGCCCAAUCUGGAGGCCACGGGUUGUCCGAGCACGGUGUCCGGCGGUGGCGGAGGCUGUUCUUGCUCGGGAACCAGCAGCGGAGGAGACCCACAGCUUCAGGCUAUUUUAGAAGAGGUGCGCUUUGUUGCUGAUAGGUUCCGCGGACAGGACGAGAAUGACAGCGUGGCUGAACAGUGGAAGUUUGCUGCAGCCGUAAUUGACCGACUUUGUCUGGUGGCGUUCAGCGUUUUCAACAUCAUCUGCACCAUCUCCAUUCUUAUGUCAGCACCUAACUUUGUGGAGGCAGUUUCUAAGGACUUCAUCUGAUUGCUGUGUCGGCAGAGAAUGUGCAUUCGGGAAACUUGGGUUUGACCGUAAUUGGGAAGUAUUCUUCUCCUCAAAACAGUGACUAAGCUUUUUUCCAAGACUGUUAUUGGAAUAAUGCAGGAUCCCGAGGUCUGAAUCGAGAAUACUUCUGAUUGGCUAAUAUCCUGGAGAUUUAAGGCCCACUCAGACAUCUCAGACUGAACUUUGCUGGUGGAACGCUAAAGACCUUCACCGAAAGAUUUGUAAAUGACAAAAGGGGUUGGUUCGCUAUAUGGUAAAAUGUUCGGCUAUGGAAUGAAUGAAAAACGAAACAUAAAAAAGUGAAAACACUGA